AUAAGUGUCAAUAUCUCUUUGAAAUAAGGGAUAAGGUCUACCCACACAAUAUCCGACAACAACAAUAAAUCCAGUAUAUUCUCACCUAAUAAGGUGUGGGGAGAGUACAUAGCACUACCUCUAAAGAAGCAGAGAGACUAUUUCUGAUAGACCCACACAAUAUCCUUUCAAGCGAAUAUAGUCAGAUAUAUAGGCUCUUGUACUUGGGCCUGAUGAUCUGAUCCAGAUUUGAAGAAUAAACCGGAGCCCAUUAUACUGCUCCAUUUCAAACUACCAUCUGAAACGGCAACUCCACAGUCCACUACCAGUUUCCCCAAUCCUCUUCCAAAUCUCUAACCGGGUUUCUGCAAUCACCGUUUCCUAAUCCGCCGUCAAUGUUCCGACAGGGUUCACGAUUCCUUUCUCGUGCCUCCACGAUGAGGUGGUGCCGCCCAUUUUCGACCGACCUGCCCGCGGAAGCCGCUGCAGAUUCGAACUUCGUGGAGGCAUGGAGGAAAGCAAUUCCCAACGUUGAACCACCAAUUACUCCCUCUUCUUUCAUGGCUACAAGGCCUGCUACUCCAUCAUCCAUUCCCUCUAAGCUCACUGUCAACUUUGCCCUUCCUUACUCUUCUGAACUCUCCGGUAAAGAGGUUGACAUGGUUAUAAUCCCCGCAACUACGGGACAGAUGGGUGUCUUGCCUGGGCAUGUGGCAACAAUUGCUGAGCUAAAGCCUGGUGUGUUAUCAGUCCAUGAAGGCAAUGACAUCUCGAAGUAUUUCGUGAGUGGUGGGUUUGCAUUUGUUCAUGCAAAUUCUGUUGCAGAUAUAAUUGCUGUUGAAGCUGUACCACUUGACCGCAUCGAUCCCAAUUUGGUUCAAAAGGGUCUGACUGACUUUACACAGAAGUUAAGCACUGCAUCAACUGAUGUAGAGAAAGCUGAAGCCCAGACAGGUGUUGAUGUACAUAGUGCGCUUAAUGCUGCACUUACUGGUUAAACAGGCGGAGGUUUAUGUUUGUUCUUGUUCAGCAUCCUUUCUCCUGUGUGCUUGCUUGCUUGUGCUCGCCGCCCGCUUUUCAACAAUUUUACCUGGAAGAGGUAUGGUGCUACCUGUUUCAAGCCCCACAUCACUUGAAUAAACAUGCCUGAGACAAGAUUUCCUUUCUUGCACGUGGUUAGUUGCCGCGUUUGCUGUACUUCUAAACUGCAUUUAUCAGAAAUAGAUUUAUUCAAUGAAAUCUUUUAUUGUUUGUUUCA